GACCGAGCCGGCGCAGGCGCACUGGCUCGAGUGACGGACGAGCGGGCGGCGCAGGUGUAGAGUGCUGCUGGCACCAGGGUGUCAUGGAAGGGCUGCUGACGAGAUGCAGAACACUGUCUGCCUUGGCCACCUGCAGCCGCCAGCACUCCAGGUACGUUACCCACAAGUGUCACCAAUGUCCACCAGGGAGACAGCCGCGCUUGGUAUUAUCCCACAUGUUCCAGCCUCAGAACCUUCGGGAAGACCAGGUGCUCUCUCUGGAGGGCAGAGCUAGCGAAUUGACCUGUAAGAGUCAGCGACUGAUGCUACAAGUGGGUCUGAUCCUCCCAGCAAGCCCUGGCUGUUACCACCUCAUGCCCUACACAGUUCGUGCCAUGGAGAAGCUUGUGAGGGUAAUAGACCAGGAGAUGCAGGCCAUUGGGGGGCAGAAAAUCAACAUGCCCAGCCUUAGCCCAGCUGAGCUGUGGCGAGCCACCAGCCGCUGGGACCUGAUGGGCAGGGAGCUGCUGAGACUAAGAGAUAGGCAUGGCAAAGAGUACUGCUUGGGACCAACUCACGAGGAAGCAGUCACAGCCCUGGUCGCCUCCCAGAAGAAACUGUCCUACAAGCAGCUCCCCUUACUGUUAUACCAGGUUACAAGGAAGUUUCGGGAUGAGCCCAGGCCCCGUUUUGGUCUUCUCCGUGGCCGAGAGUUCUAUAUGAAGGACAUGUACACCUUUGACUCCUCCGCUGAGGCUGCCCAGGAGACCUAUGGCCUGGUGUGUGAUGCUUAUUGCAGACUUUUUGACAGACUGGGGUUACGAUGGCUGAAAGCCAGGGCAGACGUGGGUAGCAUCGGGGGCACAAUGUCCCAUGAAUUCCAGCUACAAGUGGAUAUUGGAGAGGACCGGCUUGUAGUCUGUCCCAGCUGCCACUUCUCAGCCAACAAAGAGAUACAAAACUUGUCACAAAACAUCUGCCCUGACUGCCAGGGUCCACUGACAGAAACCAAAGGCAUUGAGGUGGGGCACACAUUCUUCCUCGGUACCAAGUACUCCUCCAUUUUCAAUGCCCAGUUUACCAAUGCCCAUGGGGACCCCACACUGGCAGAAAUGGGGUGCUAUGGCUUGGGAGUCACUCGGAUCUUGGCUGCUGCCAUUGAAGUUCUCUCGACAGAAGACUGCAUCCGCUGGCCCAGCCUCCUGGCUCCUUACCAAGUCUGCCUCAUCCCCCCUAAGAAGGGCAGUAAGGAGGCGGCAGCCGCAGAGAUCGUGGAGCACUUGUAUGAUGACAUCACGGAGGCAGUGGCUCAGCUCCAAGGGGAGGUCCUGCUGGACGACAGGACCCACCUGACCAUCGGAAACAGACUGAAAGAUGCCAACAAGCUUGGCUACCCCUUCGUGAUCAUUGCCGGCAGGAAGGCCCUGGAGGACCCUGCACGCUUUGAGGUUUGGUGCCAGAACACUGGUGAGGUGGUCUUCCUCACCAAAGAGGGAGUCAUGGAACUACUGACUGGUGUUCGUGUUGUCUAAGUGCCCAGCCACACCUGUCCCCAGGCUUGGUGCCCGCUGUAACCCUGUAGUCCUCCACUUGUCUGGGGUGGUCUCUCCAGAAAUGGCUUCUUGUGGAAGGUGAGACCAUGUUAGGGAAGCCUGUACCCAUUCCUUGCUCGUGACAGUAUGUAUUAACUUGAUCUUCUCCGGGCUGCUCAUGCUACCAUGUGCCAUUCUUUCUGCUUGUAGACUGAAAGGUAAGGAAGAGGCCUACAUCACUCCCUAAGGAAAAGUGAGAUUCCAGGUGUAAGAUGGGAAUGGUUAAAGUUGGGGGCCAUGCUUCCCCAACCUCACCCACAGUCUAACCACAUGCCUUACAUUUCAGUCCAGAGAGCAGGCCCCUUCUCCACUGAGGAGCCAAGAACUCCACAGUCAGGAACAGGCUGCUAGCUCCCUGGUGACUGGACACACCUGCUCCCUGCUGGGGCCGGGGCUCCCAUUUGGACACAGGAGAUGGAGUUAGGUCUGUGAGACCUUAGAGCUCUCACUGACAUGUGGGUCUGGUGGUUCCUUAUUCCUCUAAACUUCCCAAAAAAUUGUCCCAGCUGCCUGAUGGCCCCAAACUAUCUCCAGAGACUUGACCUUACUGGGUUCACUUCAGCACGGAGAUCAUGCUCUACUGAUUGAAUAAAGUCAAGCCUUUGGGAUGA